CCUCCAGCCCCGCCCCCGCUGGCCCCGCCCCGCUGGCCCUGCUAUAAGAGCCGGCUCUGGGGCUCGCCUGCAGCCUGCGACUCCAGCGCUCCCGCUAGCGGUGGACCCCUCAGCCGACCGGCCGUCCGCGCCGCCAUGGAUCUCACCGCCAUCUACGAGAGCCUCCUGUCGCUGAGCCCUGACCUGCCAUCUGCCCGUGGAGGCACGGAGUCCAGCUUGGGCUGGACCUCUUCGGGACCCUGGAGCCUGAACUCCUCGGAUUCCAGCCCGGCGGAGGUCGCCGCCCGCCUGCCCAACCGCUCCACCAGCCUGGUGGAGGGCCGCGCUUGCAGCUGGGUGCCCCCACCCCCAGGCUUUGCACCUUUGGCUCCCCGCCCGGGCCCUGAAUUGUCGCCUACUUCGCCUACUGCUACCCCCGCCACUUCAUCCCGCUACAAGACUGAGCUGUGUCGGACCUUUUCCGAGAGCGGGCGCUGCCGAUACGGGGCUAAGUGCCAGUUUGCCCAUGGCCUGGGUGAACUGCGCCAGGCCAGCCGCCACCCCAAGUACAAGACGGAACUCUGCCACAAGUUCUACCUCCAGGGCCGCUGCCCCUAUGGCUCCCGCUGCCACUUCAUCCACAACCCCGGUGAGGACCUGGCCACCCCUGGCCACCCGCACGUGCUGCGCCAGAGCAUCAGCUUUUCGGGCCUGCCGUCUGGCCGCCGCGCCUCACCACCACCGCCGGGCCUGGCAGGCCCUUCUCUGUCCUCCUGCUCCUUCUCUCCUUCCAGCUCCCCACCACCACCCCCUGGGGACCUUCCACUCUCACCCUCUGCCUUCUCUGCUGCCCCUGGGACCCCCGUACCCCGAAGGGAUCCCACCCCAGCCUGUUGCCCCUCCUGCCGGAGGGCCACUCCCAGCAGCAGUCUCUGGGGGCCCUUGGGUGGCCUGGCUCGGAGCCCCUCUGCACAUUCCCUGGGCUCAGACCCUGAUGAAUAUGCCAGCAGCGGCAGCAGCCUGGGGGGCUCUGACUCGCCUGUCUUCGAGGCAGGGGUUUUUGGGCCACCCCAGCCACCUGCGGUGCCCCGCCGACUCCCCAUCUUCAAUCGCAUCUCCGUUUCUGAGUGACGAGACUGCGAGUACAGACCAGCUGGAUCUCAAAGAGGGGCCAUUUCUUUCAUACUGGGGGCUCCACAUGGGCUGUGGGGACCUGGGUGCCCCUUAAUCAAGAAACCCCCCUCCCACCUUCCAAAAUGCAUUAACCCACUUCCCUGACCCCACACUAGGGCAGGUCCCCAGUGUGCGAUCUCUGACAGUGUUCUUGGUGUUGGGGGUGGAGUGUCUUCUUGGGGUCCUUAAAAACAAGAUGUAGCAAAUUUGAGGGAGGCUGUGAGGCCUCCCCCUCAUCUUUUCCCUGCCCAGAUCUCAUCUCCUGGAAUCAUGUGCUGUGACUAAUAGGCUCCCACUACCCCCUCCCAAAUUUUCCUGGACUCGGAGGUUCCAGCAACUGGGGAAGACUGGAGCCUCCCCUGAGGGGGAAUCCUGGUGCUCAAAUUUCCCUCCCAAAGUAGCCAAAGCCGUUGCCAAGCCCCCUCCCCCCAAGCCAAUGGGCCCUUUAUUUAUGACGACUUUAUUUAUUCUAAUAGAUUUUAUAGUAUUUAUAUAUAUUGGGUCGUCUGCUUCCCGUGUAUUUUUCUUCCUCCUUUUUGUAAUAUUGGGAACGAUGGAAUAAUUAUUGUUAUAAGUAUACUAUAUUAAGUAAUAUAUAUUGUUACCUAAAAAGUCUAUUUUUGUGUUUUUUGAAUUUUUAAAUAAAAGGAGUCGGCAUGUUAAA